CGGCGAAUUUAAAAGGAGCUGCUCGGUUUUCUGGGAGUCAAGUUCGCUGCUGCUAUCGCCUUGACUUCUAUUAGUUCUCAGUAUUCACACCCUGACAGGGACCCCUCGUCGCCUUCAAUGAGAUCGAGACGACAGAAACGACGAAUGAUCUGAGAAGGAAAGAUUUUACGGCGUUUCUUGCUGGUGCUUGAUGAAGACGAUUCAUGAGCUGAUGAUUUUACGGCGUUUCUUGAUGGCGGUCAAAAGUUUCAUAGCCAUCACCCACCAUUUCCACAUUUUAUAACCAUUGUCGAGUCAUUGUCGGGCCUUUGGGUUAGGCAGGGCACGCCACGAAAGUUCGUCCUUCUUCUGGGAAAAAGAAGCCAAUUGGAUCGUCUCUGUUGAAUACGAAACGUGGAAAUAAUUCGUCUUUGCUAACCCCGCCAUUAGGAAGAGCAGCUGCAAAACUUCGGCUCUUGAUCAAUUUCUUUACCUCGCCCUCCAGAAGUUGCUUAUAAUCUUACUCCUCUCGAGUGGAAAGAAAGUCCGUGGCCAUCUUUGAAUUACUCUUAUUGUACUAGAGUUCUUUACAAGUUCAAGAAAAGAUGAUUAUCGAUGCACCGAGAAACGUUUCCUUCGCUUUCUGGAUUUCAUGCCUGAUCCUCUUCAUCCCAGGCACUCCUGUCAGUGCACAGACAUAUCUUCAAGAGAGGUGCGCAGAUAAGGGCAACUACGCUGCUUAUAGCAAGUUUCAGGACAACCUCGACCGCCUCCUCUCCGGGGGGCUUGACAACAAAGGACCCAUUUACGGUUUCUACAACACGACGGAAGGUGAAGAUCCAGACAAAGUUUAUGGUCUCUUCCUCUGCAGAGAGGAUGUUCCUGCCAAUCUCUGUCAUUCUUGCAUCGGUACAGCAACCAGCACCAUCAUAGAAAGAUGUCCAGGACAGAAAGAGGCGAUCAUAUGGUAUGAUGAGUGUCUCGUGCGCUACUCUUACAGGUCGUUCUUCUCUAUCAUGGAGAUAGAGCCGGUUAUUUUCAUUGUCAACCCUGCGGAUGUUUCAGCUACCUUCAAUAAUGAGGACUUUGAUGCGGAAGUGACGGACUUGGCGAGGAAUGUGACGGACUUGGCGAUCUCCUCAGAAAGCUUAUACGCGACCAUAAACGUUAAUGUCUCAAGUUCAGUGACCCUGCAUCAGCUUGCACAGUGUACCCCCGACAUAUCAAAGUCAGCUUGUAGGAGUUGCUUGCUUUCUGCUAUCAAACAGUUUCCUACCGUUCUUAAUUAUAAAAGGGGAGGUGCGAGAAUUUUUCAGCCAAGUUGUAAUAUGCGGUACGAACUGUAUCGUUUUUCUGGGGAACCUUUAACUAACAAAACCAGCACUGAGUUUGGCACUAAAGGGGUCAAACGAGCUCCAUGGAUUGCAAUUGUUAUCUCAGUAAUUGGAUCGUGUUUACUAAUAAGUAUCGUGGGUUUGUGCAUUUUUUUGAAGAAGAGAAAGAGAUUGAAGAAAGAGAAGAAAAACAGCCAAGAGGUUCAGUUACUUCAUCUGAGACAAGAGAUUGGAGAAGAAUUUUCAAAGGAAAACUCUCAAGGAGGAAAGCCGGUGGCUUCUCAAGAACUAUCUUUGAUACGAUUAGACAUCAUACGGGCAGCCACAGGAAACUUCUCUAAUGAAUGUAAACUUGGGGAAGGCGGGUUUGGCCCAGUGUACAAGGGCACAUUGGCAGAUGGAAAAGAAAUUGCAGUUAAGAGGCUUUCAAGAACCUCAGGCCAAGGACUUAUCGAGUUGAAGAAUGAAGUCAUCUUGAUUGCCAAACUACAACAUAGGAACCUCGUCCGAUUAUUGGGAUGCUGCUUGGAAGAACAAGAAAAACUCUUGAUAUAUGAAUACAUGCCCAACAAAAGCCUGGAUGUCUUCCUUUUUGAUUCAAAUAAGGGGCAAUCUCUAGAUUGGAAGAUGCGCGUGAACAUCGCCUGUGGAAUAGCUCGAGGACUUCUAUAUUUGCAUGAGGAUUCUCGCCUGAGAAUUAUCCACAGGGAUCUAAAAGCUAGCAAUAUUUUGCUAGAUGGAGAGAUGAAUCCAAAGAUAUCGGAUUUCGGAAUGGCAAGGAUCUUCGGUGUAAAUCAAGACAAGGCCAACACAAACAGAGUUGUUGGAACCUAUGGAUACAUGGCACCGGAGUAUGCAAUGGUAGGACUCUUUUCUGUAAAAUCAGAUGUCUUCAGUUUUGGAGUUCUCUUGCUAGAGAUAAUAAGCGGGCAAAAGAACAACGGUUUUCAUCUUCAAGAGCAUUGUGAAAGCCUUCUCACUUUUGCAUGGAAGUUGUGGUCCGAAGGUCGAGGGUUGGAACUUAUUGAUCCGUUAAUCAAAGAGUCAUGUGAUGAAGUUGAAGUGCUAAAAUGCAUACACAUCGGUCUAUUAUGCGUUCAAGAAGACCCGGCAGAUCGACCGGCUAUGUCACUCAUGGUUCAUAUUCUAGGAGGCGAUACUAUCACACUCAACCCACCAUCGCAGCCUGCAUUCUCAGUUGGGAGAGAUGCGAAAAAACUUUAUUGUAUCAAUCCCAGUCAAGAAGUCUUCACUAUUAAUGGUGUAAGCGUUUCGGAUGUUUCGCCUAGGUGACCAAGUAUCAUCAACUCGCCUUCAAUUGAUUUCUCUUUUAUAUAAUGGAAAUGCGGCUCGAGAUAGUUAUGAUAUUUCUUUAUUCUCCAUAUCUUUUUAGGACUGGGCAUAUAUCUUCCUUGUUGUACAUAUUAUUAAUUAAUUGUAAUAUAUUUAUGUCAUGUUACCUUGUA